CGUUCUUUGAUAAUUACUUUAGAGUUUUCAUAUAUAUACAAGUCGCGCGCUGCGUCGUCUCGUCGUCUAUGCAUAUAUUGAGCUUUUGAUGUUCUUUGUGAAACGAGAUAUGGACGUGUCUUCUUUCUUUCUCUUUGAAGCUAUGGGAGAUUCUGAAGAGGAUUCGUGUGAUACUAUUCAUCCCAUGAUCAUGGGUGAUCGUCAGGGUGACAAUAUUGCUGCCAUGGCCGACGAUGAUGCAGAGUCAUGCAGCUAUGAUUUGUCUGAUUCUCCUGGGGUUGAUGAGCUCCACGAUUGUGAUCUUCUUCAAGCGUGUGUUAAUGAUGAAUGUGACGAUGAUGAUGAUGAUGAUGAUGAUGAGGAGGAGGAGGAGGAGGAAGGCCAUAGUUACCCAGCAUGGGCUUCGGAACAUAAUUGGAAGCUAGCUGCAGGCCGACGGAAAUCAAGUGUUUCUGUUGAUUCGAGUGAAGAGUUGAUGGAUGAGGCCGAGAAGAACAGGCUGUUUUGGGAGGCAUGCUUGGCAUCAUAACCUGAAUUUUGUUUUGUUUUUUAUUAUUAUUUUUUUUCUAUAUGUUUAUUUCAUAGCUAGUAUUCUUUUCUUUUUUUCUUCUUUUUCUCUAUUUUUUUUUUUUUUUUCUUGUCUGGUGGGUUUUGAAAGAGAAACGUUGAGAAUUGUACAUAACAUGUGUUAAUAUAUAAAUACUUAUCAUUAAUUCUAACAUUAAUUGCCAACAAUAUUCUCAAUUAAUUAUUAGUAAUGUGUUAUUUUCAUAGCACGAUGGUGAUUUAUAUGUU